UAUCAUUGUCUCAUUUUAUUUUCUUUUUCUUCCAAUCCAAACACAGUGUUAGAUAUGGAGCCUAACUCACCAAGCGCACAUCAGCCUUCACUCUUCACUAGAACUUGAAUGGGACACAUUGCUUAACCUUGUUAAUUUCUUCUCUUCCAAUUGAAACCAAAACACAACUCAUCACUAACCCCAUAACAGCUGCCCUUAUUCUUUUUUCACCUUUGUCUCAAUUUCUUGCGCUCUACAUAGUCUCUUUAAUGGCAAAGAAGCAUAGAAAACUCUUCCCAACCCUAAGUGCAACAAACCAAACUGGAGAUUGUCCUGAUUUCUGCGACCCAACCUGCCCUUAUAACUGCUAUCCUUAUGCAGAUUACUAUUACCUGCCUCCACCACCACCACCUCCACCUCUUCCUUCUCUGUUACCCCAAGAGCAUCACUUAUCACCUUAUGUGAUCAUUAUAGUUUCUUUGCUGGCUAGUUUCUUCCUUCUUGUUAGCUAUUAUGUUAUCAUAGCGAAGUCCUGCCCUGGUUGGUGCAGUUCAAGGAACAGCAGGCAGCCACAAGAUGAAGCGGAUAAUACGGAUGGAGAUAUUCUUAAUGAGAACCAAGUUGAUCAUCCGAUUUGGUUUAUCACCACAGCUGGUUUGCAACAGUCAAUUAUAAAUUCGAUCACAGUUUGUAAGUACAAGAAAGGCGAAGGGCUGAUUGAGGGCACCGAGUGUUCAGUUUGCUUGAGUGAGUUUCAACAAGGCCAGACUCUUAGGCUCUUGCCUAAGUGCAACCAUGCCUUCCACAUUUAUUGUAUUGAUACAUGGUUAAGAUCUCACACUAAUUGCCCAUUGUGUCGUGCACACAUAGUCAAUGACCCUGUGACCGCUCCCCUUAUUUCGGUGAAUCAGAAUCCUGAUAAUCAGAACACAAUUGUCAGAACCCACAUGGAGAAUUCUGAAAUUGAUGGUGAAUCAGGCCAUUCUCAGGAGAGAAAUGAACUUUCUGCAAACAGGGAUGGAACAGAGGAGGAAGGUGAAAUAGUAAAUGUUGGUAAUGAAAGAAUCUUAAAGGAGGAUAUAAAUUCUUCUGAAAAUGGUGAUCUUGAGAAAAUUUGUGAGUCUGGUGACGAUUUUCAGGUUGUGAAAAGUGAAAUACAGCCAAUGAGAAGAUCUGUUUCAAUGGAUUCUUUAACAGCUGCAUCUAAGUAUCUUGGUCUGACCAAUACUCCCGCAGUUGAAUUGGAGGAGAGUUCGGUUAAUCAGAUAGAAAACAGUGAGCAAACCGAUUCAGGUAUUGUUUCGAAGCAAAGUGCAUUUAAGCAAAUGGGCAGUUCUUCCAUCACACAACAUCUGCACAAACAUCCGGUUGCUAUGAAAAGAUCAUUUUCAUGCGGUGGGAGGUUUUUCCAAUCGGGACAAAACCGAAACCUGAAUUCAAUUCUACCCUUGUAAAGACUUCAUAGAUAGUUUCGUAUGAGAUAUCUGCAAAUUGGAGAAUUCUCUUUCCCUUCCAUAUCCCAAUAAUGAAGCCAAGGCUUAAACAUGCAAGUCGUGGGAUGUUGAAGCAUUGAGGACAAAGAUAUAGGUUAGGAGAGAUCGGUUUCAGAUGAAUGAAGGAAUAAGUUUCAGCAUCACAAAAUUGUUAUUUAGCUGAUGCCUUAAAGGAGAAGGUAUCGCUUCCACCACCAACAACCCACUGUGCCUCUGUUAUUUUGAUGUGUGAAAUUUGAUUUGGUCUAUGAAGAAUGGUUGGGUUUUUUUUUUUUU